UCUCUUUGAACUCCUUUAUUUAACUGAUCAGAUGUACAUACAAUUUUAGUUCUUCACCUAGUUUAGGAACUGUUGCCAACCUUAAGUGCCAUGUGUCAGUUCUGCUCCUGGUGAUAUGAUUUCUUUUUACCAUGUUAUCUAACUUGAGAUUUCAUCUUUUCUAAUAGUGUUUGAGAAAUAUUCUUUGGAGUGUACAGAGGAUGAGCGUAGCAUCUUCUUGCAAUGUGGUAUUUCUCCUACUCUCAGAAAUUCAUUUUGGAAUUCUCUUCCACUUUUUUGGAGCACUGUAUUCUCUAUCUCUAAGAGACAGACCUAGAGAAUUACAUGUGUGUAUACUUUAUAUUCAAGUGUCCCUAUUCUUGAGUACAUAGAGUGCUCACUGACUUCUCAUCCUUUGUGGCAGUGUUUUGUAGUGAAUUGUUCCAUGAACCUGAAGAUCUAUAGUGCCUGAAUCUUGCAGUUCCAUGUUUGAAGGUGAAACAUUCAUUAACUUCAAAUUUGACAGGCUGUCAGCCAGUAUUGAAACAGCUGCCCAUCAAGUUUGAACUUUGUUUUGAAACUCCUAAACCUUUAAGAUGAUCCAGAAUCUCUGUUAAAAGAUAUCCAGAUGGGUAUAUGAAUAGGAAUGGUUUAGAGGGAUAUGGGCCAAAUGCCAGCAAAUGGGACUAGUUCAGAUUGGAAUGUCGGGUCAGAGCAAAUGAGUUGGACUGAAGGGUCUGUUUCCGAACUGCAUGACUCUGACUGUGUUUCACCUCACCUAGAAAUGCUGACUAAUUUUUUUGGUCCUCAUCCUUAAUUUCUCGAACUGUUUUCUUUUCCAUAUGAUUCCUAUUUUUCUAGAAAGUCUCCCUUGGUGGGAUAUCUUCUCCAGUUCUGUGGCGAAGAAAGUACUGCUGCUUUCCAGUAUUUCUUGGGUUAUUAUAUCCCAGCUCAAUUUCCCAUAUUGAUAGCACUCAGCUUCUCCACAGGCUCUCACUGCAUUGUGGUAUUACUUUGAUCCACACCUUGAAUAACCUAAAUAUGGUCAAUGCUGUUGUCCUGCUGUUUUGGCAAGCUUUUGGGAGGAUGACGACAUUACCUUUGGUCCCACACUUCUUACUGUUUCAGAAGAAUCCACCAUGUUUCCUCAAAGACAAAGCUGAUUUUGGACCCAGGUCUCCAUCUGAAUAGCAUUUUGGAUUACCUUACCGAACACAUGGUCCUCCUUAGACUGAAGGAAAUAUUACAAUUUCUCAUACUGACACCUACUACAGUGUAAUCUCUAAUUAAUUUCAAGCUCCAUACCAGAACAUGUAUAAAUCUGUUAAAAAUGCCUCAAUUGAUUGUCCCUGUCAUUGAAAUUGCCGGUUGAUCUUUGCUGUUUCUAUGAUGAGAAUUCACCUUGGGUAAACGUACAAUUUGGGCAAAAACCAAAAUAUAUGCUUUGAAUUCCACAGCACUUUCUUCCAUGCUAUGUUUCAGCAGGGCAUCAUCUGCUAUUGGACCUACAACAGCCUAGGAAAAUAUGUAGAUUUGGUGUCAUUGCUCCUUUGUCUGCAAAUCUAAUGCUGUUCUGCAGCACUGUAACUGUCAUUUCCACAGCUCCAAAAUUUUAUCCUCAUUAUGGCUCUAUUGUGUUGUUGAAUUGAAUUACGGCAAUGGCAACGUCCCCACUGGAGCUGGUAUCAUGAUCAACCACUGCGUCAUGUUGACCUGGGAGAGGACCUAGAUUCGUUCCUUCUUCUACUUCAAGUCUUCCGAUUAUACAUGCUUGCGCUUCAGAAUCCUGCUAAUGUGUGGCUUUGGCUUCAAAGGCCUUUGAGGGUCUUUGCUACCAUUCUGAGUCUUCUCACUCAGGUGCCUUGUCCUCAAAGUAUUUCGAGUUUUUACCCCAGCCUUUGAUAUCUUUUUUUUCUCUGCAGCAUCUCAUGGGGUGUGAUUUGAUUUCAGAACCUGGCUCUGAAGGUUUCCAAUACAGCCAACAUGCUUUAUGUUAACCUUGUUAUUCGCAUAUUUACAUACUUUUUAAUAUUUCUGGGCCUUUGAAUGUCUACAUGUACAUUGUUAGAGACUGCUGACUUUACUAAGUUAUCCCUGUUCUGGGUCAUUCGCAUCCCAGUUCAUCUACUUACUGUAAGGAAAGUAAACUACAACAAAUGCUGGAAAUCUGGAAUGAAUAUAGGCAAUGCUGGAGAAACUCAGGAGGUCUGGCAGUAUAUGUGGUAACAGAAACAAAGUUAAUGUUUAGAGUCUGGUGUAAUUCUUAUUCUGUCCAGCAUUCUCACUAUCUUCAGUACUGAAACACACAUUUACCUAUAUUUAACCAUUACGUGUGGCUGGAUGGAGUUCGCUAGUGCAAUGACUAAGGCCUCUCUCUUUACCAUGCUUCUUAUCUCUCUCUAUUCUCCAUCGCUGAUAUCUUACUAACAUCAUGCUUUCCACUAUCAUUUGUAUAUUCCAUGAUAAUUCAUCUCUCAGUUGGCAGGUGGACUGUUUCCAGUCUGAACGCUCCGUCUUUCUACUGAGAGUUGCAGGACUUUUUGCGUUCGGGCCCAAACACUGCCAGGCUCCCUGUUGCAGUCCCAAUGCUUCCAGGCUCCGUACUCUUUCUGAAAGCUGUCAGUUUCGGCGUUGCUCUUGAAUGCUGCCAUAUUUCAUGCUCCAAUCCGAAUGCUGCUAUGCUGUACCAAGUAAACGUAGCCAGAUUCUGCAUUUCAGUCUAAAUGCUCCCCAAGUGCCACCUUACUCUUAGAACCUGCCAAACGCGCUCCACGUUCCUCCUGAGCUCAGCUAGGCUCUGUGCUGCAGAUUGAACGCUGCCACACUCCCUCCUGAGCUCUGUUGUGGUCUGAACGCCGCAACACUCCACGUUUUGCUCUGCUCCAGUCCGCAGUUUGAUACUUGCAGCGCCGCGCUGGCUCGCAACUUCCGUGUGUAUCCCCCUCUCUCUCUUUCUCUGCCUUUUACCUCCCCCGCCCCCAUAGCAGGGCAGGCAGUUCAGCGGCUUCCACCUCCGUGCAUUGUGAUAGGACAAUAUGUUCCUGCACUAAGAGCCGCUGCUAAGUACUUGUCUGGCCCCAAAUAACAUUUCCAAAUUAGGAAGGCGAGUGGACUGCACCAUUCCACUGUCAGCUAGCUUUCCCAGUACAGAGCAGAUUGCACCUCCUGGGGUUUCAUGUGAAAAAUGAAUUAAUUGACUGGUACCAAUUGUGACGGCAGAAACCUGGAUGGUGCUUGGUGUGUUUUCUGAAGCGGGUUACCCGGUCUGCCUUGAGGGCUAUACUUUCCCCUUGAUCUUUGAAUGAAUGGUUGUUUCUCUCUCUCUCUGUGUGUGUUUGCUGGUGCUGCUGCCGCCGCCGAGUGCCCGGAUGGUUAUCAGCUGCAAACUGAGCCAAGGCUGAGCUGGGGAACUGAACCCAGCAAAACUGCAGCCGUAGCCCCAGCUGGAGAAUGUCCCAGGCCGGCUGCCAGCAGAGUGAGAGACGUAGCAGUUUUCGUCCCCUCAUUCUCAGGAACGGAGCAGGGGCUAUGUGUGCAGCGUUAGGGGGAAACCUGCUUUAAAGCUGAUGGCAAGCCGCUGGAAGCUGCCUCACCAAACGGCACCAUGGCCACUCACUCCAGCUUGUACAACGAGGACAGAAAUUUGCUUCGAAUUAAGGAAAGGGAAAGACGAAACCAAGAAAUUCAUCUCGACAAAGACCCUUUCCUUGAAAAUGCCCCCCUCUUUGGUGAGCCAUAUAAGACCAAUAAAGGGGAUGAACUUUCCAGCCGCAUUCAGAACAUGCUGGGCAACUAUGAUGAGAUGAAAGAUCUGAUAAGUAACAAGAGUCAUCAGAACUUCAUUGGUAUACCCAAGAGGGCAGUUCCAUUGGUUUCACAAGAAAAAGAUAAGUGCUUGCAUGGUGCAAAAAGAAGUAAUAGUUCACUACAGCCUUCCUUUCACAGCAGCAAUCCACGAUCAAUGGGACCUCGCAGUGCAGCUUCAUCAACUGGUGUCAGCUCCUCUGAAAAAAAUACUGCAGUGAUAGAACAGAAUGGCCAAAGUCUCAGUCAGAACACUAAGAGCUACAGCUUAUUUCCAAACCAAAGCCAAAAUAAGGACACUUGUUAUAGCGGCCAGGAAACUUGCAGUAGCCAUCGAGUCAGGGGUGACCACCCUGCGGAUGCGGACAGUCACAGCAAAGUCCAGUUAUCCCAUUUGCAACACUUGCAACCACUGUUACCAUUGUCCUCACUAAUGCAGCCCUUGUCUCCAAUAACACCAUUAUCCCCCUUACAUUCCAGCGGGUAUACCAAUUCCAAACUGCAACAAAAUAAGACUAGUCGCAGCAAAGACUGUCCUCCAACAAAAUCUCCAAGUGAACAAGAAGUACACUCGGGUGAUCCUGAGAACUUGUCUUCUGAUCCAAGUGUUCCUGUCCCCAGCCAACAUGCAUCUCAAAAUUUUCCACCGUCUUUACCAUCGAAACCAAACAUGAUACAGCAAAAACCUACAGCGUACGUGAGACCGAUGGAUGGGCAAGACCAAGCACCUAGUAAAUCUCCGGAUCUAAAGCCACCUUCCGAAGAUUACACUGAGGAGCCAUAUGGAAAUAUAGCUGCGAUGAAAGCAAGUGCCAGAGCAAAGCUAUCCAAACUUAAAAUUCCUUCUCAGCCAGUCGAGGAAACGUUAUCAAAUGAAGCCAAUUGUGUUGAAGAAAUCUUAAAAGAAAUGACACAAUCAUGGCCACCACCUCUGACUGCCAUACAAACGCCCAGUACAACGGAAUCAUCCAAAUUUCCGUUCCAAAACAAGGACACCCAGCAUGCCUCUUCUGGUUUUGGAGGACACAAGAAAUGUGAGAUCCUUUCACGAAGUUCUCAAGAGGAGAAUUCGACACUUGAAAAUGACCUCCAAAUCAGCAGCAGUGAUGACAGUGAUGGAGAUCAGGUCAUGGACAAGCCAGUGCCUAUUUCUGCCCCUAAAAGAGCUUCUUUGCUUUCUCAGAGUGAUGAAGCAAUAUCAAGACAUUCCAAUGGUGGAUUAAAUAACUUGACUGAAUCUGAGAAUUCUUCUGGCUCUGAUUCAGAAACUGAAAGUAGCUCCAGUGACAGUGAAGGAACAUCAAGGGCUCCAACUCCUGAGCCUGAUCCUUCACCAGCAAAUAAAUGGCAACUUAAUAAUUGGAUAAAUCCGGGCCAGCCUGCAGUGUCUUCUGACAGUCACAGUGAGUUAAUGAAUGGGCACAAUUUUCAAGACAGCCUGACAUCUGAAGCAAAGGAGGGCCAAGAUUGUACUGGUUCUAGCAGAGAGAAAACUGCACAAGAAAUACCUUGGAACAAAAGUGAGUGGCAGAACUCCGCUCCUCUACAUGAUGGCAGCACUCAGCAGCAUGCUGCUGGUAAAAACCAACCUAGCAAAUCUGUUAAAACUCUUGCACCUGAAGCAAACCAAGAAAUUAAAGCUGAAAAUGAACCUUGCACAUACGGUGAUAAAGACCAAACUUCCACAGGACAGGCCAAAGUAAAAAUAAAGGAUGGGCAGCGGUUGAAUGAGAAAAGGCAGUCUGACUCUUCAGCCAAGGUUUUGUCUGAAAAGAAAAAGCACAAGGGUCCCAGUGAGAAUUUUUCCAAAUCUAAGCAGUUAAUAAAUAGAGACUCUUUGUCCACAGAUCAAGGUUCCAAUAAAGGUGAGCCACCUUCACGUUGUAGUCUGCUUCCUGCAGCCCUUGAACCUCAGAAGCAGGAAAGUAAUGAAAAUGGAGCUAAUAUCAGUAAAUCAGCCAGGGAGGAAAGCAGGACUAACUUCCCUAAGUGCGUUGCUGAGGUCAGGAACACAAACAAGUCUAACGUUAACAAACCUGUCACUAAAGCCAAAGAGGUAAACAGGACUACCUUGCUCCAUCCUGCACAUGAGGUUAGGGAGGAAGUGCAGACUAGCAUCGAGAAACCUGACUGCCAGCUUCGGGAGGAAACCUACACCAAUAUUAAUAAACCUGCUGGUAAGAGCAAAGAAGAAAACAGCAGCAGUACCAGCAAAGCCAUUACAAAGGAAAAUAGGACUAAACUGAAUAAACCAGCCAACCAGGUAAAUGACAACAUUCUCUCAGAUCAAGUUUUGCCUGUCAGGGAUGUCAAGAGUUUGCAGUCAUUGACAAAAGAGAAUAAAGUUCGCUGUUCACUAAUCGUAAAAAUUGAUCUAAGUUUGUUGUCAAGAAUCCCAUCAUUGCUUGGUAAAGAUGGUCAACAAUCCAGGAACUGUAUUAUGGAAUGUACUGGCCAGAAACUUCAGGAACAAUUGAAGAAGAGCAAAGAAAGUUCAUCCAGCAAGAUCAAGAGAAAGCAUACAGUUGACGUGGAAACGAGUGAGAGCAAAAAACUAAAGCUGAAUAAAGAAAACAAAUCCUCUUCAAGCCAUAAGGAAUCCAGUCAGAAGCGAGUUCCCCAGUCUUCCUCUGAGAAGGAAAACCCAUUUUUACUGCCACUUCCAUCUCCUGCACAGAAGCCAGCAAAGGUAGCUCACAAACAGCACAACAGUGGAAGUAGUACUUCCAGCCAGAUCUCCACCAUGAGUGCUACUGAUAGCAAGGAUUGUAGCAGCAAGAUUAACUCUUCGUCCAAAUCACUAUCCUCCAAGCACAAAAGAACAGAGGAUAAACAGUCCGGGCACUUAAAAAGCAAGGUGUCUUACCAGGGUACUGCCAGUAAAACCACUCCAGAACAAUCCCUCCUGAAUGGAAAUUCCAAACCCGCAAGGCCUCUGCUCAAGUUUGAUGACAAGCAAUAUCCGGUAGAGCAUCACUUGCGAGAAGCCAAAAAAGUCAAGCACAAGGCUGAUGUCAUGUCGGACAAGAUUGGGAAAGCUUUCAAUUACUUGGACGCUGCACUAUCAUUUGUUGAAAGUGGUAUAGCCAUGGAAAGUGAGGCACAGCCACCAAAGUCUGCUUAUACCAUGUUUUCUGAAACAGUGGAUUUAAUCAAGUACAUUAUGAAACUAAAAAACUUCACCGACUCAUCAGCAACUACUGUAGAAAAAAUAUUUGUGGUUUUAUGCCUGGCUAGUGGAGCAGCAAGCUGUGGAGCACAAGUCUUCAGUACUGUUGCCGGAAUCUUUUCGGGGCCCAUAGCCUUUGCAGUUUGCUUACAAUUUCUUUUGCAUGAGGUGUCCAGUCCAACAUUACCCAGUCAUGCAUUUAAGGACAACUCAACCAUUUACAAACCAAGUCUUAGCAGAGUCAGCACCAGAGCAAAAACUGUCCAGUAUGAUGACACAUGUCCAGUUUUCAGGUUGCAGCCAGAUGAAGAGAGACCCAGGGAAGAGGUUGCAUGUCGCCGAACAGAUUUUGUACCAGGUUCUUGCCGCAUCAUGAAGGAGUUGUUUGCUGACAAAGAAACAGCCAACUGUUCACACCAGUUGUCACGUAUGAUUUGUGAGACGAAGAAUUACAAUCCAGCAAAACCUGAAAUGACCUGUCGCCAUGAUCUGUGCAGUGAAUUAUCCGCUGUAGUGAUAGGAAUAUACAAUGAAGAUAUGGGUGUUAAUCAGUGGAAGAAGUUUAAAUCCACAGCGGAAGCCAUGUUAUUUAUUAAUCAAGAAUUGCUCACGGACUGGAGAACCUAUCACCAUGGUUACUGCUUCAUUCGUUGCCUCGGCCAUGAUGGAAGAAAGAUAUCACAGCUUCUUAUUCUGCCUCCAGUGUUGCGAACCAGUAGUAAUUCUCCGAAAAAACUUAAAAAUAAGCACGCACUGAACGUGAAUAUUUUACUCUUGGACUCUGUUUCCAGGCACCAUUUUUAUAGAACUUUGCCAAAAACUAUUAAUACAUUCAUAGAUUUGAACACUAAUGUCUUUAAAACUGGACACGUGUUUGACUUUGAGUUGGUUCAAGGUAUAAAAAGCAGAACAUUUGAGUCUCUCCAAGCUCUGUUUGGUGGUGAGGCCUUCAAUCCACUUAAACCAUUUAGUUCAUUUGUGCUACCACCAAAGGCUGUGGAUUUUAACAAGACACUUGGACAUUUUAAAGAGUUUGGAUAUGAGAUUUUAUAUUUGGAGGAUAUGUGUUGGAAGUGGGAAUGGGGUUUGGUGAAAGAGCUGAGAGCUCUUAACAAAAAGGCACUGUUUACAGAAAGAGUAAAUUUGUUUUUGGAAGCAGUCAAAAGAAGUGGAAUUGAUAGGAUAGAUGUUUCCUACUCUAGCUGUGAUAUUCUUCAAGAGAAUAGGGUGAAGGAUAUGUUUCAUGGACCUGCUACCAUAUGUUACAAUGGUAUCCAUCAGCAUUACUACCUUCUGCAAUAUAUCGAAUACUUUAUCACUCGUUUCUCUUUCCUGCAAAAGCCUCUAUUCAGUUUUCUCAUGUUGGAUACCAAUCAUGAAGAUACAGGCCUCAGGUUAAAGCAAUUGGAUGAAGAUCUUGCCAAACAUGUAUCUAUCUUGGCUGAUCAACAAAACACUGUGACCUUCAUUCUUUCAGAUCAUGGCAAUAAUUAUGGACAAUUUGUUUCAAUGACUACAGAAUCCCAGAUUGAGAUAUUCCACACUACACUAUUUAUGAUUGUCCCAGACACAGCUGCUAUUUUACUGGGUGAAGAGAAGAUCAAAUCUUUGCACACAAAUCAGCGCAGGUUGAUCAGCCUUCUCGACAUUCAUCAUACUUUAAAAGGUCUAUUGCCACCUUUUGGAGCUAAAGAUGGGAAAAUUUUGAAAGAUGGAAUUAAUACUGAUGGGUUACUGAGUCCAGUUUCUGCAAGUAGGACCUGUAACAGCAUUCCCAGGAUACCUCCAAACUUUUGCAUUUGCCAAGACUUUGAAAAACCAGCACUAAGUGAUUCCAGAUUUGCACUGUAUGCUGAAUUUGCGCUUGGUCAAAUGAACCAUGAAAUCCUUCAACAACAGAGAGCUUCAAAAAAUUCUCAGAAAGGCUAUGUGGCCUGUCAAAAAUUAAUUGGUGUUAGAUUUGACAAUGGGAAAGUUCAUGAGGAUAAAAAUGAGACCAUUGUGAAAUUUGAUCUUUAUAUAAAGGCUCCAGAAAGUGCAGGUCAUGAUGAAGAAAAAUACUUUGUGGUCAUCAACUUCCGUUCUCAGGUAGAUACUGCACUGACUUUAGUAGGAGUUGACCGCUUGACCCCAUAUAGUCCUUACGAGGUUUGUGCUGCCGAUAAUGUUGAUUUAAGGUUAUGCAUCUGUGAUUUAGAAAAUGGUCAUGAAGCAUCAAUUUUAUAUUGGAAAAAUGUUUUGACCCCAUCAGUUUCUUGGACUGAAACUAACUUCAGCUCAAUUCAUGAAUCCUGUUUGUACUUCGUCAAAAGACAUUAUACAUCUGGCAUUGUUCUGGCAGUGGGUAAUACCUGUCCACAUGUGCAGUAUGAUAUUGAAUUUGAUUUUCUGACUGUAAACAUGUACUCUUCAUCUGUAAUGCCUGUAAAUGUAACACUUUGGCCUGGAACAGAGAAGCUCCUGACUGUUGGAUUUCAGAAAGCUAAGGGAAAACCUUGGAAAUAUAAAUAUUCUUUAAACUACAGAGCAAUCCCAUUGCAGGACAAAAGCACAUUGAAUUAACUCUGGCUGUUCAUUAACAAUAAUCUUCACUCCAGCAAAAUGUUAGCCUGCAGUGAUGAUUCAUGGUGAAAUGUGAAUUCUGAUUUAUAGCUAUUAUAUAGAGGUCACUGCUUCCUAGCAUUGAAGAAAGGACAAGAGCCAAGUCUGUGAUAGUGUGAAACUCAAGCGAGAUUAAUUUGUUGAAAAGGUUGAUUGUAAUGCACAAGGGGAUGGUAAUGGGAAGUAUGGGACCUGGUUUAAAAUAUGGAUGCUCCCUUAAUUUUUAGGCUUCUAGGAUUAGUCUUUAUGGCCCAGAAAUGCAGAGUGGAAAUAUUUGGGUUUACAAAUACCAGAAAAGUUAUUUUUAAAGAUCUGACACCGAUACGCUGUGUGCAUGCACACAAUGUUUAAAUGAUUAUAAAAAUACUGUUAUCACAAUAUACCAGUGUAUUUAAACAGUGUGGAUUGGCAUUUGUAACAAACAUGUGGCUGGUUAUUGUCAAUCACGCAUGCACGUACAAAAUAUA